AUGGUAUACCCUCGUAAUGAGACUAACCAUGCAGAACAUCUCAGAACAGUGUUGCAGACUCUUCAAGAUCGCAAGUUUUAUUCGAAAUUUUUAAAUUUUAAAUUUUGGUUGAAAUUGUUGGCGUUUCUUGGCCAUGUUAUUUCCGGGGAAGGCAUGCAAGUGGACUCUCAGAAAAUUGACGCCGUGAAGAAUUGGCCCAGACCUACCUUAGCAUCUGAUAUAAGAAGUUUUCUGGGUCUAGCAAGCCACUACAUAUAUUUUGUAGAGGUUUUUUCCGCUAUCUCAGCUGCGUUGACUAAAUUGACUCAGAAGAAAGCCAACUUUCAAUGGUCCGAUGCUUGUGAGCGAAGUUUCGAAGAAUUGAAUAAGAGAUUGACUUCUGCUCUUGUUUUGACUCUGCCAGAGGGAACCAUAAGGUUUGUGGUGCAUUGCGAUGCUUCAGGAGUUGGUGUUGGGUGUGUUCUAAUGCAUCAUGGUAAGGUAAUAGCUUAUGCAUCUAGACAACUUACGAUUCAAGUAAAGAGUUAUCCGAUUAAUGACUUGGAGUUGGAAACUAUACUUUUUGCACUAAAGAUAUGUCAUCACUAG